AAACGCGAAUGUCGUCAAAAGUCGAUUCUUCACCUUCGAGGAUAUAUACAUAUAUAUAUUUUUAAAAUUAAUUGAAGUCAUCAUAUAUAUUUUUCGCAAGAACAAGUUCCCUCGGUAGAAUACAUGAGAAAGGCUGCUUGUUAACCGUUUGUCCUUUACCAUAGACGACGUAGCUUGCAAUAUGAAGACCAAAAUGAAUUUUCGGCAGAUGCUUUCCCAGGUUCUAAACCUAUUUCUUGUGCUUUCAAGUGCUUAUAUGGGCUAUAAAGCGUUGUCCUUUAUGACAGACUGCGAAAGCCCUGUUGUUGUGGUAUUAUCUGAAUCGAUGGAGCCAUCAUUUCGUAGAGGCGAUUUACUGUUUUUGGAUAAUCGAAAACCGCCGUUGGAGAGCCAAUGGGAAGAUUCGACUCCUUCGCUGUGGAAGAAAGUUCGGUAUGGCUCUUCAUUGGGAAUUGGAGACAUUGUCGUUUACUCUUUGCCGCACCGUCCAAUUCCUAUUGUUCAUCGAGUUGUCAAAUUGUACGACUCAGGGAAUGAAACGAAGUUUAUAACGAAAGGUGAUAACAACCGAAUCGAUGAUGUUGGGUUGUUUCCACGAUCUAUGACUUAUUUGGAUCGAGAAAAGCAUGUAAUCGGUGUUGUCAGAGGAUAUUUUCCUUACUUGGGAAUGAUUACAAUUUGGUUGACAGACUAUCCCACUUUAAAAUAUGUUAUGUUAGGGGCACUUGGCCUUUUAACGCUCUUUCAGAAAGAAGAAUCCUUUUAAAGCUUGAGCUAAAUCUUGAGCCUGCUUUCCCAUCUUCCUUGUCUCUCUUUUGCAUACUUUUACCCAAGAACCGUCUAUAGAUACGUAUCAUUGGCCUGCGUACACAAACAUUUCCCAAUUUUAUAACCACAUUCUUCUAUGAAAAAACAAAUCUAUGAAAAACAAAAAAGAAUUCUCCAUAGGAAAAUAAGGUCUAAAUCGCAAACAGUAACCUGGGAUCAACGAUCUAUUAUUCUGUUCAAUCUUUUUGCGACGUUCAUUCACGAAUAAUCACAACUGAAUUAUCUUGCCAACGCUUUUUCAAUGUGGAAUUGUACUAUAAUUUUAAAUUUUCUUAUUAGAAUUUACUGUAAAACACUAUACACGCCCGUCUCUAUAGAUUGAAUUCCAAUCCAUAUCACUAACUGAUUAUUCUACACUUCGAUAAAGUAACGACUGUAACUUGAC